UUAAGUUGUGAGCCUAACUAUGAAAACAAAGUAGUUUAUUAUUAAAAUGGUAUUGAUUGCGUUUAUUGGUAUUGUCUUUCAUGAUUUAUGUACUUUUUAAUGUGUCCGAAAUACUUUUCAUAGCAUUUUUUCCACUCAGCUUGAGGCACCUCUAAAGCAUGGUUUUUGACCGCACCGUCUGUUGCUUCUGGCUACAUAAAUCGCUGUUCACGCAUUUAAUUUUAAUAUAUGGGUACCAAAAGAAGUGUUUAGAUUCCAAGCAAGAAUUUUGUAGCGUUGGACCUGUUUAUUUCAUAUUUUGAGUGUUCAAAUAGUCAGUUGUUUGACGAGACGUGUAAAAGCUCACAUUUUCGUCACGAAUGGCGAUUCGACUAAGCUGGUCAGUUUCCCUUAUUAAACUGAAGACUUUUGGGAAAAAAGUGGCUGUUUACUAUUAAGAAUUAACCAUUCUAAAUUUCUCUAGUGACGUUUCUGUCACAUAAUCGGAUAUUUCGGAAAAAUAGGCGACCGUAAGUUUCAAAGUGUUCCGAGCGCAUGGGACUUUUGUUGGAAUUGGUUCAUCUUAAAACACCUCCAUAGUCGAUAGCUGUUUAUUUUCAGGAUCAUUAUGCAUAGAUCCUUAAUUCGUCAACUGUCACAAUUUUAAAAACGGCUCUUAAAGCUUUUUAAACUUAUUUAUCAAACAUUUCCAAGGACUAAACGACACAAGCGUCCUAUUGAGCGUUUGAAAAAUUUUGUGACAUCCAGCGAGAAAAAAACGUAUUAACCAUAAUAUGGUCAUACAAUAUUUUAUUACUGCUGGUGGAAUUAAUGCCUAGGAUUAUCUCAAUCCUACGAUAUAUCACAUGACGAGGUUUCUCUUCCAUUAUUCUGACAACAUCAAUGUUUUCCGCCACAAUUAUUCAUUUUGGACGACUUUCGCAAAAUUCCCUGAUGAGCCAAUGACGAAAAAUAUUAUACUUCUUAAACUAGCGUUUUACAAUGGUAAAGGAUAUAUCUUUAUCACCAAAAGUGAAAUUUAGCUGACCGCUUCAGUUUUGUAUUGAUUAACCACGUCGAAAGUCAUAAUAAAUCUUCGCGCAAAAGUUUCCGCAAGUCAAUUCCAUGUUUUUGUAGUCAAGAUAAUUUUCAAUUCAAUGUUAAUAAUACAAAACGUGCUCAAAUGAUAAAAAGUUUUGAAUAAGGUUAUAGUCAAAAAUGUCAAACUUUUCAUUAAAAGUAUCAGAUGUCGUCUAACAACACGUUAUGUUGUCGAGGCUCACAACUUAAAUUGUGCCCUAGUAAACCUGUAAUCUUUUUCGGUAGUGCUACCCAGACUUUAUUAAUGCGCAGAAGUAUCACUCAGACCUUCGUGGAUCUAUACAGAAAGUACCCAAACGAAAAAGUUGUUGGAUUUUUUAGAUCUAGUACCCCAGGCUUACUAAUCAGGGAUCUGGAUCUUAUAAAGCGAAUUCUUAUGACCGACUUCGUGUAUUUCUAUGAGCGUGGUGUACAUCCUGAUAAAGGGGGACUUGAACCACUUCUCAGAAAUUUGUUUUUCGCUGAAGGAGAUUUGUGGCGUUUGUUAAGGCAGCGCAUGACCCCUGCGUUCACGAGCGGCAAGUUGAAGGCGAUGUUCCCGCUGAUAGUGGAGCGCGCAGAGCAGCUACAGGCGCGGGCGCUGGACGCCGCUCGCAAAGGCAAAGCCAUCGACGCGCGCGACCUCAUGGCGCGCUACACCACCGACUUCAUCGGCGCCUGCGGCUUUGGCCUUGAUGCUGGCUCUCUCAACGAAGAAGAAUCUGCUUUUAGAAAACUAGGCGCUGACAUCUUCAAAUUCGAUCUUCGCCAAAUUGUCGUCACUGUUCUAAAAGACAAUUUUCCACGUUUAACAAGACAACUAAAGUGUUUGGAUCAUUUAGAGAAUCAAAUAAUUACACUAGUAAAUGAUAUCCAGAAACAAAGGAAUUACCAGCCUUCCAACAGAAAUGAUUUUAUUGAUUUGUUAUUAGAAUGUAAGCAAAAAGGCAUAAUCAAGGUAGAGUCGUUAGAGAAAGUGAAACCUGAUGGUAGCCCAGACUACGCGACUUUGGAGUUGGAUGACUUGCUGAUUGCAGCUCAGGUGUUUGUGUUCUUUGCCGCUGGCUUCGAGACGUCCUCAUCGGCUACUAGCUACACCUUACAUCAGCUUGCAUACUAUCCUGAAGUUCAAUGUAAAGUCCAAGCCGACAUAGACGCAGUGCUUAGCAAACAUGAUAACAAGCUGUCCUAUGAAGCUGUGAAAGACAUGACUUAUCUUGAAUGGACUUUCAGAGAAGGUAUGAGAAAAUUUCCGUCUCUGGGAUUCUUAUCACGUAAAUGUAGUAGGAAGUAUACUUUUCCUGAUCUGAACAUGACUAUAGAUGAAGGUGUAAUGAUUUCGAUCCCCGUGCAAGCUUUGCAGACUGACCCUCAAUACUUCGAUAAUCCUACGGAGUUUAGACCUGAAAGAUUUGACCCUAAAAAUGGAUUGGCGAAUAAAUUCACAUAUUUACCUUUUGGUGAUGGACCACGAGCUUGUAUUGGAGAACGCUUGGGCUUGAUGCAGUCCCUGGCCGGCUUGGCGGCCAUCUUGUCCCGUUUCAGCGUGGAGCCGGCGCCCGAGUCCCACCCCGUGGACCCCCCCGUAGAGCCCAAGUUUGACGUCGUGCAAAGCAUCACCGGUGGACUGCCACUCCGAUUCGUAGAAAGAAAAAAAUUGGAGUGAAUCGUGAAACUUUCAAUUUUAAAAGUAUUGUUUAAAUGACAUCAAUAUUGAGUAUACUGCUACGCUAAGUAAUUUAA